AUGCUCCAGACAUCUUCCAAAGCCCCCAAACCCACCACCAAGUCUUCCAAGGCCGACAAGCCCAGAGCAUCCUUCCUCAAGAAUCAGGAUACAGUAAAGAAUCCGUCCAAGCAGUCUCCUAGAAAGUGCUACCGCCUGGAACUGUGCUCCCUCGAAACAAGGGAGCCACAGACACAUGUUCCUAUCCCCAAGGCCACAGAACUCUGUUUCCGUGAGGACCCCGAGGCUAUUCUUCAAGCAUAUGGGGUGGAAAAUAAUGUCUGCCCAUUCCUGUGCAUUCCCAGGAAUGCACCCACUGCAUCAGCCAUAAAGGCACCCUGUGCAGAUUCCCUAAAGGUACCCGCUGCAGAUGCCAUGAAGGUACCCUCUGCAGAUUCCCUGAAGGUACCCUCUGCAGGUUCCCUGAAGGUACCCUCUGCAGAUUCCCUGAAGGUACCCUCUGCAGGUUCUCUGAAGGUACCCUCUGCAGAUUCCCCAAAGCGAGCCUCUGCAGGGGCCACAAAGCCAAGGGUCAAGAUCCAACCUAACAGCAAAAAGAAGCAAGCCAAAGAAAAGCAUUGCUUCUCUAUUAACCUGGUGCUUGUCAACACAAACCAGCCAACUCCAAGCAUCCAACACAUCUCUGUUCCAGAGGCCACAGAGGUUACAGUGCCAGAGAUCCCUUUUACUCGUUGA